GCGGUUGGACGUGUAAUCGAGUAAUAAUCAGUGAUAAAAUGACGUCAAAUUUAGUGAAAUGUGCAAGCUGUAACGUGGUAAUAAACGAAUUACUGACUUUUGUCAAUAACAAAAUAGAUGUUAUGAAGGAAGAUGGAAUCUCCCAAAUCUGCACUAGUGCAUUCACGGAGCUGGAAAUUAAAACCGCUAAGGAUCUGUUGUUUGAUUCUAUACCGUCUGCAAGGCGUAAGAAAAUAAGAAAAGGAACUGGCAAGACCCGGCGUGAUAUCGAUGAUAUAGUGACUUUAAUGAAGGAAGGAUAUUUUAAAGCUACAACAGGAUGUCCACAAAAUUAACGAACAAUUCGCUACAAAGGAGCAAUUAACUAUGCUAGCGUUGGACUUGGAUGCGUUAAAACUGACCUCACUGGUUAAUGUGAAUGAUACAAAUGUUCAGAGAGUAAAUACCAAGCGUGGUGCUGCUUUCCGUGAUGGUUAUGAGUAUAACAGCGGUCCCAUGGGUUUACUUCAUAAUGUGUCGGAAAAUAUUGUGACCGCUGAGGGUAAUAAAUCGCCCGAUGGCUCCGAGACUAUGUACAGAAAUAUUAUACACUCACAAACUGCACUUGACAACGGGAAUCAUCAUUUAUAUUCAUCAUUUAGCAAGAAUAACAUCAAUAAUUCCAUAGAAAUUGAUAAAAAUAGUAACGUGUCGGUAGUUUGCUCGAGUCCGUGCAAUAGCUUGGUAAUGACACACUCGUCAUCGCCAACGGCCGAGCGGCCCCCGCCUCAGCUGCCGCCGCCGUCGCCCGCGUCGGCGCGUGUGCCGGCGCGUGAGCCGGCGCGGGCAACGACCCCGCCUCAGCGGCCGCCGUCGCCUGCGCCGGCACGUAUGCCGGCUCGUGUGCCUGCGCCCGCUCCGAAUAUUACGUCGGCGUUGGAGCGGAGUCGCGCGGCCGCCCGCGCUGUCGGCGAGAGUGAACGUAAACAAAGAACGCUAGCAGAUAUUGUGCGCGAAGGCGAGUGGAAGAAGCCAGAAAAAAAUGAUGAAUGGAUUGUUUAUCAAAAAAGAAAAUUGAGAAACCGCUUUGUGGGAAAUAGAGGUAGUGCUACCGAUGCGGAAGGUUGUUUUAAGGCCGCUGAAGUGAAAAUUCCAAUUUAUAUUUAUAAUGUAUCAAAGGAAGUGACAGUGUGUCAGAUCAAUAGAUACAUUCAGCGCAAAACUAGCUUAUGCGUAACAAUAGAAAAAAUGAACAUGAAGCGGCCUAAGGACUAUGACUCGUACAAAAUAUUUGUACCUAAACAUAAGUUGAGCUUGUUUAUGUCAGAAGAGUUCUGGCCGGAUGGAAUAGCGUAUAGGCGUUUUGUCAAUUUUAAGUACAAAGGGCCUGAUAACGAUGACUAA